GGAAGACGAGAACCGGCCGGGUCGCGAGCAGUUCCGCGGCCGUGUCGCUGUCGCCUUGGGCCGCUGCUGACGAGUCCAGGGGGCGGACGGCUGAGACAGAAAGCAGUCUGGCUCCUGAGGUCCACCCCUUAUGCCCCAAGGUCCAGAUGGCGGCCAACGUGGGUGAUCAACGUAGCACAGAUUGGUCUUCUCAGUACAGCAUGGUGGCCGGGGCAGGCAGAGAGAACGGCAUGGAGGCUCCUAUGCAUGAGAACCCAGAGUGGGAGAAGGCCCGCCAGGCUCUGGCCAGCAUCAGCAAAGCAGGAGCCGCCGGCAGCUCCGCCAAGGCCAGCAGCAAUGGGCCUGUUGCCAGUGCCCAGUACGUGGCUCAGGCGGAGGCCUCGGCCCUGCAGCAGCAGCAGUACUACCAGUGGUACCAGCAGUACAGCUACGCCUACCCGUACAGCUACUACUACCCCAUGAGCAUGUACCAGAGCUACGGUUCUCCCUCCCAGUAUGGCAUGGCUAGCUCCUACGGUUCCGCCACACCCCAGCAGCCAUCGGCACCCCAGCACCAGGGGGCUCUGAACCAGCCCCCAGUUCCUGGCAUGGAAGAAAGCAUGUCCUACCAGGCCCCCCCGCAGCAGCUGCCGGCAGCCCAGCCCCCUCAGCCCUCCAACCCCCCGCAUGGGGCUCAUACUCUGAACAGUGGCCCCCAGCCUGGAACGGCCCCAGCCACACAGCACAGCCAAGCAGGGCCUGCCUCAGGCCAGGCCUAUGGGCCACACACCUACUCCGAGCCUGCCAAGCCCAAGAAGGGCCAACAGCUGUGGAACCGGAUGAAGCCAGCCCCUGGGACCGGUGGUCUCAAGUUCAACAUCCAGAAACGGCCCUUUGCUGUCACCAGCCAGAGCUUCAGCUCCCCCUCAGAGGGCCAGCACAGCAGCUUCGGCCCCCAGCCCAACCCUGAGAAAGCCCAGAGCCACAGUCCCCCAUCUGCCCUCCCCAGGGGGAGCCUGUCUGGGAAGCCCGACGAUUGGCCACAGGAUAUGAAAGAGUAUGUGGAGCGCUGCUUCACUGCUUGCGAAUCGGAGGAGGACAAGGACCGGACGGAGAAGCUGCUCAAGGAGCUGCUGCAGGCUCGGCUGCAGGAUGGUUCGGCCUACACCAUUGACUGGAGUCGGGAGCCCCUGCCAGGGCUGACUCGGGAGCCUGUGGCUGAGAGCCCCAAGAAGAAGCGGUGGGAGGCCCCUAGCAGCCUUCAUCCUCCCAGGGGGGCAGGCUCAGCGACAAGGGGCGGGGGUGCCCAGUCCCAGCGAGGGACACCAGGGGCUGGGGGUGCUGGCCGAGCCCGGGGCAGCAGCUUCGCCAAGUUUGGCAACCGCAAUGUCUUCAUGAAGGACAACAGCUCUUCCUCCAGCACGGACUCCCGCUCCCGUUCCUCCUCCCGGUCCCCUACUCGCCACUUCCGCCGCAGUGACUCCCACUCGGAUUCAGACAGUUCUUACUCAGGGAAUGAGUGUCACCCUGUGGGUCGCAGGAACCCCCCCCCGAAGGGCCGAGGAGGUCGGGGGGCCCACAUGGACCGGGGCCGAGGCAGGGCACAGCGUGGGAAGAGGCAUGAUCUUGGUCCCACCAAGCGCAGCCGCAAAAAGAUGGCCGCGCUAGAGUGCGACGACCCUGAGCGUGAGCUGAAGAAGCAGAAGCGGGCGGCCCGCUUCCAGCACGGACACUCCCGCCGCCUGCGCCUCGAGCCCCUGGUCCUGCAGAUGGGCAGCCUGGAGAGCAGUGGCGCUGACCCAGACUGGCAGGAGCUUCAGAUCGUGGGCACCUGCCCUGACAUCACCAAGCACUACCUGCGUCUCACCUGCGCCCCUGACCCAUCCACUGUGCGCCCUGUGGCGGUUUUGAAAAAGUCUCUGGGCAUGGUCAAGUCCCACUGGAAAGAGAAGCAAGACUACGCCUUUGCCUGCGAGCAGAUGAAGUCGAUUCGGCAGGACCUGACGGUGCAAGGUGUGCGAACGGAGUUCACGGUGGAGGUGUAUGAGACGCAUGCCCGCAUCGCCUUGGAGAAGGGCGACCAUGAGGAGUUCAACCAGUGCCAGACGCAGCUCAAGUCGCUGUACGCCGAGAACCUGCCAGGCAACGUGGGCGAGUUCACUGCUUACCGCAUCCUUUACUACAUCUUCACCAAGAACUCAGGAGACAUCACCACGGAGCUGGCGUACCUGACUCGGGAACUGAAGGCAGACCCCUGCGUGGCUCACGCCUUGGCACUGAGGGCGGCCUGGGCUCUGGGCAACUACCACCGCUUCUUCCGGCUCUACUGUCAUGCGCCCUGCAUGUCUGGGUACCUGGUGGACAAGUUUGCAGACCGGGAGCGCAAAGCUGCCCUCAAGGCGAUGAUCAAAACCUUCCGCCCUGCGCUGCCAGUCUCCUUCCUGCAGGCCGAGCUGGCCUUCGAGGGCGAGGCCGCCUGCCGGGCCUUCCUAGAGCCCCUGGGCCUGGCAUACACGGGCCCGGACAACGCCAGCAUCGACUGCCGCCUCAGCCUGGCGCAGCUGUCAGCCUUCUGA